AUGCUCAAGGAAUUUGUCGAUGCAAUCUAUCCUUUGGUACAUGAGUCGUUACGUAUCGAAUCUCUUCAGCAAAAGGUGAAAGUGAAAAAGAGGCUCACAAAAAGUGUUCUGUUAGAAAGAGUGAAAGUCCUGGAUGAUCACCAAACAGAUAACCUAUUAUGCAGAUCUAGACCAGUAGCUCCUGCAUCAGAUCUGCUGAAAGCUGCCAGAGCGAAGAAGUUGCUUCAAAAGAAGGCAAAAGUAAAGGAAGAAAAGAGAGCUGAGGCAAUGGCUGCUGGAGUUGACUGGCAAAGUGAUGAUUCAGGUGAUGAUCCUCCAGAAGAAAUACACCAAGAACCUCCCCUGCCAGAUCUUCUCAAGGAUAAAGAGAAUCAUGGCCUUAUAAUAGAUUUGUGCAAGUCACUGGCUUCCUUGCAUAGAUAUUGCGAAGCAUUGGAGAUUAUAAAUCUUGCUUUGAAAUCGACUCGCAACAUGUGUUCUAUUGCAGAGGAACUCCGGUCUCUUGGAGCUCAAAUUGCAUACAACACUCCGGAUCCUGAGCAUGGGGUUGACUGUGUAAAAUACAUUGCAGACCAGCAUCCAUACAGCAAUGCUGCCUGGAACUGCUAUUACAAAGUAAUUACCAGAUUAGAUGACUGGUAUGCGAGGCAUUAUAAGUUUCUACGUGGAAAGCGAGACAAACUCAAAGACUGUGCACCUCCGAGUAUCAUUUCUGGGCAUCAUUUUACUAAAAAGAGCCGUCAUCAAGAUGCUGCAAGAGAAUACCUUGAAGCUUAUAAAUUAUUGCCAGAGAAUCCCCUGAUUAAUCUGUGUGUUGGUACUGCCUUAAUCAACUUGGCCCUUGGACACAGACUUCAGAAUAGGCACCAGUGUGUUGCACAAGGCUUAGCAUUCCUCCACAAAAAUUUGCAGCUUUGUGAAUUCAGCCAAGAGGCUUUUUUCAACAUAGCCAGGGCGUACCAUCACGUCGGUCUUGUGACACUGGCAGCUUGGCACUAUGACAAAGUUCUUGCAAUGCAUGUGAAGGAUUACCCCAUCCCAAAACUUCCCCAUGAAAAGCCAGAGUCUGUUGAAAAUCGAUUACCGGGUUACUGUGACCUUCGCAGAGAAGCAGCUUUUAAUUUGCAUCUUAUAUACAAAAAGAGUGGAGCAGUUGAUCUCGCUCGACAGAUAAUCAUGUUCCUGAUCUCUGAUAUUGUGACUGAAGCGAAUGAGAGGGUGGCCUCCUACUCCCUAGUCUGGUUCUCUUGA